CGCUGCGGUAGCCCGGGAAGGAACGGGUUAGCGCGGCCCCGGGCGGGGCUGGUAGGAGGAGCGGAGCGACCAUCGAGCCGCCGUCCCCCGGGGCUACCAGAGCGGCGGAGGCUGGCCCCCACCCCGCAAGAGGCGGGCCGCCGCCCGAGUGGGCCGCGGUCGAUGAGUUCAGCCUGCGCCAGUCAAGCCCAGACCACUGCAGAUUCACGUCCCCCCUUUCUGCCCCUGCCCUUCACUUCCCCUCCUCCCGGGAAUACAGCAGGGAUGGCUGCGGCAGCCCCGGCUCUGAUGCUCACACUGAGGCCAGCAAAGUGUUGUCCACCACAACUGCAGGAGGAGACUCCUGACCUUGCCCUGCAAGGCCCUGGUAUUCCCUGGCUCCAGGAGGCCUUUGAGGACGUGGCGCUGUACUUCACCCAGAAGGAGUGGGAGCUGCUGGAAGACAGAGACAAAAUGCUUUACCAGGACCAGAUGCUGAGGAAUUACCAAGCCCUUGUUUCUCUGGGAUAUCAAGGUCCCGCACCUGACUUGAUCUGCCGCAUCCACCGAGGGGAGGUGGAGCUCUGGGUCUAUGAGGAUGAGGGUCAUGGAGAAAGGACGUGGUCUGAAGGCCUGUCCCCAGGUUCUUCUAACACAGAGGACACCUGGUACUUGUUAGAAGAAGAAAAUUCCAUGGAUUUAUUCCUCAGAUCAGGCACUUCUCUACACGCAGCAGGUGCCAGGAUACUGAACCCAGCUGAGGAGGAGCCUGAACCAGUUAGAAACCAGCUCCCUAUGCAAUGCGCACAGAAAACCAUUGAGCCCCAAAAGAGCCCUGUGCAGAGACCCCCAAGGAGCCAUGAGGACAACAUCCAUAGCAGGGAGGUGUUAUAUAUCUGUGGGGAAUGCGGAAAGAGCUUUAGUGAUGAACAGGAGCUUGAGUUGCAUGGACGGACUCACAGUAAAGUGCUGGCCCACUCCUGUGGCCAGUGUGGAAAGAGCUUCAGGUACAGAUACCGCCUUGUGGAGCACCAAAGAACACACUCUGGGGAGCGCCCCCAUCUCUGCCUGGAGUGUGGGAAGACCUAUGCCCGUCUGGACCACCUUCGCGUCCACCAGCGUGUGCACACCGGGGAGAAACCAUACCGCUGCACCCAGUGUGAAAAGAGCUUCAACCACCUAUUCCACCUCCAAGUCCACCAGCGUGUGCACACAGGGGAGAAGCCAUACCACUGCAGGGACUGUGGGAAGAGCUUUAAUGACCCAUCCUACCUCCGUGUGCACCAGCGCCUGCACACUGGGGAACAGCCAUACCACUGUGCCGUGUGUGGAAAGAACUUCUCCCAGAGCUCUUCACUUGCCAAGCACCAGCUUGUCCACAGCACAGAGAGGAUGCACCACUGUGGGGACUGUGGGAAGAGCUUCAAUAACCCAUACUACUUCCGUGUCCACCAGCGUGUGCACACAGGGGAGAAGCCACACCCUUGCCCCCAGUGCCAGAAGAGCUUCAACAACCUAUCUUACCUGCGUGUCCAUCUUCGCCUGCACACCGGGGAGAAGCCGUAUGGCUGCAGUGAGUGCGGACGGAAUUUCAGGCACAGAACGUCCCUCAUCAACCACCAACGUGUGCACACGGGGGAGAAGCCAUACUGCUGCAAUGAAUGUGGAAUGAGCUUCCGGAUUAGCUCAUCUCUCACCAACCACCUGCGUGUGCACACUGGAGAGAAGCCAUAUGGCUGUGCCGAGUGUGGAAUGAGCUUCCGGCAUAGCUCCUCCCUCACUGAUCACCAGCGUCUGCACACAGGGGAGAAGCCCUACCACUGUGUGCAGUGUGGGCUCAGCUUCCGGCAUAGCUCCUCUCUCACCAACCACCAGGGAACCCAUGGACCAGCCCCUCAUGACUCGCAUGGGUCCGUUUCUGCCACCACCUCCUCUUCCCUGCAGCCUGUGCCCUGUAGGAAAAUGUCCAGUGCCUGUCCUGAAAUGACCUUGUCUCUUCAUUCCUCUGGCACUGAGUUUGCAUGGUCAUGAGGAUGCAAGGUGGUCUGCCAGGAGUCUAAAUAGGUCACAGUUAGAUUUACAAGUCACAUCUGGGCCAGAGAAUACAAAUAAGCUUAGGACUGUGCUAGGUGGGUCCUAGUUUCUCCUGGGUCAAUUGUCUGUGUUGCACCUAAGGAUGCCCCGUUGCAUGGCUUGGCUCCACGGCAGACACAGAAACCAUUUAUUUUACUUUGUGUUCAACUUCUUUGGAACUUAAUAUUGUGCAGGAGGGAGGAGGAGUUGGGGGUCUGUCGUGGGGUGGGGGGGGUUAUAGCUGCAGCUGCUCUGCUGGAGAUGGGGUGCAGGCUUGGGGGGAGAAGGGAGCAGUGGCGGUAGUAGUUAGGAGGGGAGCAUGAGGGUGAGGUUCAGAAAUGUCUCUUGUCUCUGGAUGAAAGUGGUGGUUAGGAUCUGUAGCAGCAUUUGCUUGCAUUAAGCAGGGGGUUGGAGCUCUUGCAUUCUGGAAUAUUGUGUGAGGAAUCCUGUGUGUUGGCUGCUUAUUGUAAGCUACUCUGAGCCUUUUGGCUAUGGCAAUAUGUGAAUCUAAUAAAUAAAUUGCUGUUGUCAGCCUUC